CGACGACAUAUUGACAAGAAGCUCGCAGCAGCUUGAAAGCAAUAUGAUACCUCUUUCAACUUGCUUUGCCCUGGUACUUCUUGCCACACAAGCUUAUUGCAUCCCUGCAAUCGGAAACCAAAAGCGCCAAUCAACUCUUCCUUCAUUCGUGAACACUUAUGCACCAAUUGUAUAUCUUCAUUCAACAGAGAAUUAUUUUCCGUCGGACUUAAGUGCACAACUAGCAAAUACAAAACCGGAGGUCAAUUACACUGUAGUUUCAGGAGCACCAAAUCCUCUCACACUCGAUAAUCUCGACUCAUUAAAUGCGCUCGGCGGGACCUCUGUCUACUUGACUUCUAUCGAUGACACAACUUCCAACCCUCAACCUCAGUGGCUGAAAGGUGUUGUACCUGACUCGACCGGUAAGACUGAUGGCGCAGUCAGCUGUUCCAUAAUCGUGUGUGAUUAUGGAAAUGGGACCGUUGAUGCGUACUACAUGUACUUCUAUGCAUAUAACUGGGGCGGCACCGUUCUUGGCCUCAACUUCGACGACCACGUCGGAGACUGGGAACACACCAUGACCCGCUUCUCCAACGGCGUCCCCCAGACAAUGUGGUUGUCCCAACACGAAGACGGCGAAGCCUUCGACUUCUCCGCCAUCCCGAAAUACAACAACGGUCUCCGCCCCAUCGUCUACAGCGCCAACGGAUCCCACGCCAACUACGCCACGAGCGGGACUCACGACCACACGAUCCCCGGCCUCGAUCUCCCCUUCGGCGUCUUCUUGGUGGAUUACACUAACGACGGAUAUCUCUGGGACCCAACAUUGAAUGCUUAUUAUGCCAGUGUUUCCUUCCCGAGUGGUACUACGCCGGUGUUUGCUUCGUACGAUAGCUCGACGCCGGUUAAUUGGCUUAAUUUUGUGGGCGCUUGGGGCGAUGAACAGUAUCCGACGAGCUAUCCGGGGCAGUAUGAUAUUUUUGGUGAGUAUAGGUAUACGAGUGGGCCGACGGGACCGGAGGAUAAGGAUCUGAAUAGGGGGGAUGGGACGUGUCCUGCGGGGAUACCGGAUCCGUGUGUGAUUUUGCCUACGGUGAUUGCUGGGGAGAAGGUGUAAUGUUUAAUGUUUUUUGCGAUUUAUUUUGUCGCUGUGUGGCGCCGUUGAGGUGAGGGGAACGGAAAUGGUAUAUAAUUUAUUAGCAUUAAUUUGGAAAUCUCUAAAGAGCUCAAAACUGAA